GGAAAUGUCAAUAGCUUUUUUCGUUUAUUUACUGCAUGGCCAGUAGAAGUGAAUGGGGAGAAAAAAAAUUGGCCCAUGACCCAUCAUCGCGUCAUCAAGUCGAUAUGAAAUGGUUGGUAAAUGCAAGGGAUUCCCAGCAUGCAUUGAAUGUUGGCAGUCGUGUUGCUCAUUGUUCCAAAGUGGCAAGCAUACAUUUGUUUGUUCAUUUGUUUGUUUGUUUGACAGCAGCCAUGCCAAUUUUGGCAAUGGAUAUGCCUGAUUUGGCAGACCAUCUUUUCCAUCCGGCGCUUAAUCCGGUCAUCCACCAGCCUUCAGAUUUGCAUCCGAACUCCCUUUUUUUCAUUUCUCUGCGUGCAUUACAGUUUGUUCAGAGCGGUGUAUUACAGCGCAAUUCAGAAAACCGGCCCAUUGGUACAAAAAAAAGGGGUAAAAUAAACCAGAAUGGAGCUUCGGUAAUCUUCAUUUUGAAUAUGGUGGGUAAAUACAUUGGUGAGGAUGAUAUAAAAUAUAUGGUAUGGGAAUUAGGCUUGGAUAUCUGUAGGCUUGUUAGCAAACAAUUGCUCCACGAGAUCGGCAGCAGAGGUAUCAUCAAUUGGCUUCCAAGAUAUCGCGCUUUGUCGACAAUAUUUUGCAAGUGACAUGACAGAAUUGGAUUUUCGAAUGGAAGAGCAAGUUGUUAAAGCUGUAGAAAGAGGAAUGGUUAUGAAAUGAAAAAAAAGGAGGCAACAUGCUGCUCAAUCAUAUAAAUUAUUUACCAGUAGAACGCUGAUCAUCGAUG